GCAUUAAAACUUUGUUUGAAUUUUUCAUAGCUAUUUGGAAUUUUUAUAAUAACUACGGAGACCCAGCGCGCCUAGGCCUAGCUGGUAAUUAACUAGUGCAAUAGAAACAAUCUUUAGAGUAAUAAUAGGCCUAGGCCUAUGCUAGCAGAUUACCAAAAAGGAAAAUGGUGUUAGUGAAUUUCAACAUUGAUGCCGACAUUACAGACCCGAACACAGUAGUGGUAGUUAGUGGUAAUUGCCAAGAACUUGGGCGAUGGCUGUACAACGGGGUCAAAUCAAUGUCAAGAUUAGGCGAUGGAAGAUGGACAUUAGAGGUGAAUUUGAAUUCAGUGGAUGUUGGAUCUUUGAUUGAGUAUCGUUAUGCAAUUUGUAGUUUUCCUACUGAAAAGGAUGGACAAGCAAACACAAUUAUUCACAAAUGGGAAACGCACAUGGAACCCAGAGUUUUGUCUUUGAAAGGUGAAACAGUAUACACUGAUGAUGGCUGUUUUGGUCACAAAGAUGGCAUAAGAAGUGUCAGAGGUGGCUGGUUGACUGACCAAUCAGAAGUGAGGUUGAUGUUGCAUAGUAACCCUUUCGAGUUGUUCAUUAAGACCAAGGAGGUGACCAAGAUUGGUUUCCGUGUAAAAGCAAAUCAUAUCUGUCAAAGGAACGAUGAGUGCAUCCCAACACAAAUUAAGGUUGUGAAUGAAGAUGAGUACAUUGCAAAACCACAAGCCAAAAAUGGAAGACAUUACAAAAACAAUGAGAUUAUGGUGUUCUCCUCUCAAGUACUAGAGCUCCAAAAUACGGUGUUUGUAAUUGAGGUGUUAAGUUUUCAAGAACAUGGUGAUGUUAAUAUACUCGGGCAAGUAGCUGUUUUAGGUACAAUGCUCACAAAGACUAGAGAUGAUCUCCAUUGUCCAGUCACCAACACAAGUGGUGAAGUUGUGGGUGUGCUUCAAGUGCAAUAUGUUGUCAUUAAGCCACUUCCCAAGUGCAGUAGUUUGUGUACAUUUCAGAAUCCUUACCAGUGGACAAGUACUAGAUGCCUAAGUGUAGGUCAUCGAGGCAUGGGAGUGUCAUUUAAGAACAAAGGCUUGCUAUAUGAAAGUGGUAUUCGAAAGACAGCACAAACUUUUAUUGAAAAUACCAUUGGUGCAUUCAAAGGGGCAGUGGAAGCAGGUGCUGAUAUGGUUGAAUUUGAUGUACAUGUGUGCAAAGACCAUGUGCCGGUAGUGUAUCAUGAUUACAAUGUACCUGUAUGUCUACAGAUGGCUGAAGAUACUGGCAAACAUCUGCAGCAUAGGAUCCUAUUGACAGAUUUCAGCUUUGAAGAGCUUCAAAGUGUGCAGACAACACAUACUGCCAAGAGGAAUGAAAAUGUGAAGGAUAGUGACAGACUGUUCCCUCCUUUAACCAAAGUGUUGCAGAACACUCCAAUACAGCUGGCUUUUAAUGUCGAGAUCAAGUAUCCUUUGCAUAAUGUGGAUGGAACAAAUGAAUGUCCAGAUUAUAGCAUGGACAUGUCAGUGCUGGUGGACAAUGUAUUACAAGUACUCAUUGAGCAUGCUCAGUCUCGCAACAUCAUCAUCACUUGCUUUGAUCCUGAUGUAUGCACUCUUGUAUGCAUGAAGCAGAAUCGUUUCCCAGUAAUGCUGAUUCAUUGUGGACCCACAGAGAAGUACAUUAAGUAUGCAGACCCUCGCAUUGCUACUGUACACUCUGCCAUGCACUGGGUCUUGGCGGAACAACUUGUGGGUUUAGUGGGACACGUUGAUGAUUAUGUAAGAGACGAAUCUCUUAUUAAGCUUAUUCAUGAUGCCAACCUUCACCUGUUCAUAUGGGGAGAAGAUAACAAGAAUCCAUUACUGGUACAAGACAUGAUCAAGAAAGGAGUUGAAGGCGUUGUAACUGAUGAUGUAACUGUUCUUCCCCAGUUGGCUUGAAGAGUGAAAUUGUGCAGGUUGUUUCUGACAGUCACAACAUCCCCUUCAUGCUAGUUACAUUUACCAAUUUUUAAUUGUUUAAUAAUUCAAACAGAAAGCUGCAACAUCUUAAGGUGCUUUUAAACCACUAAAUAAUUUUUCAAAAAUUUUAGAAUGUAUAGAGAUGAUUAAAUAUUGUAAAGAUAAAUACUUCUUGUAUAGCAAUAAAAACCAACAAUAUAUUGUAGGGGUACUUGCCUCAUUUGUUAUUUAAAGGUUAAGGUUAUGUAUUUAUGAUGUUCAAAUGAUUUAAUAUUAUCGGUAUAGAAAUGAAAGGAAAUAAGCAAGUAGAGAAUAGAUAGAAUAAAGAAAUGGGAGAAAAGGUAAAAUGGAUACGUAUAUACUCAAAUAAACGCCCCAUAAUUUCACUGGAAACUACAACACAUAAUUACUGUCAAAAUACGUUAUUGUUUAAUCAUAAAGAUUUAUUGAUCCCAACCAGAUUAGAA